UCACCAGCACAUCUUUCCAUUCAAAGUGUGAUGUUGAUUUAUUUAUGACAAAAAAAAUAUAGGAUAGUCCUGCUUGCACUACUCUGCCGUAAUAUGUGUUGGGAAGUACGAUUAUGCUGGCAAGUCCCAAGGCCAUGGAUGAUAGCGUGUCUUACCUCAGCGAUUAUGCCGACAGUAAAUGUCCUGUUUUUCGUUUGAAUGUCGCUUGAAUUGUACUUACCAGACAAUAGCUGUGGAAGCACUUCCUUUGGAAUUGCAACGCAAUUUUACCUUGAUUCGCCAACUGGAUGAAAGCGCCCAAGAUCUUAUGAAUACUGUGGCGACCGAGUCGAUGGAAAUCUCACAGACAAAACAAAUUUUGACAGCCGAAGAGCGAAGGAAACGGUUGACGCGAAUAGGCCACUUGCUUAAUGAAGCAUUACAACGUGGAGAAGAAAAAUUUGCCUUGGCCAAAUCGACUUAUGAUACUGUGGAUCGUCAUUGUACACGCUUAGACAAUGAUUUGCAAAAGUUUGAAGACGAACAAUUAAUUGGGCCUGCUCGUGCCCUCAAUCCACGAGAGCCCAAGGCAACCCUCCAGGAAUCCACCGACACUCAAGAACCCUCAAAUAAACGACGAAAGACAGCCUCUAGUGAGACUGACAGUCGUGGAAGACCCAAGAAGAAAAGAGGAAGAAAGAAGUUACAUAAAGAAGAGAAAGCGGAAACGGAUGCUGUUCAAGGGGACUACCUGUCGGCAGAAGAUUCUCGACAGCAUGCUCAGGCAGCCAUCUCUUUGAGUGACCUGCCGAUUGAUCCCAACGAACCGCUUUACUGUUACUGCCGACAGGUUUCCUUUGGUGAAAUGGUUGCUUGUGAUAAUGAUGAGUGCGAGAUUGAAUGGUUUCAUCUGGAAUGCGUGGGAUUACGAACACCUCCCAAAGGCAAAUGGUACUGCAAGAAUUGUGCGGCCGAACUCAAGGGAAAGAAAAAGAUCAUAUAGAGAAUACCAUUUGUAUUUCGUAUCUUAUUCUUUUGCACUUGAUCUCGCCAUGUCACAAGUGACUGUUUCAUGGUGCGUCUUCUUCACCGUCCGUAUCUACAUUUGGCUUCUUCAUUUUUCGACGUUCUUCACUAUCCCUUGCUUCCUCCGCUGCGCGUUUCUUAUACCUAUCCAUCAUUUUUCUACGAUUAAACCAUCUUGCUUUCUCAUCCAUGAAAGCUGGAGUACAAAUAUCAUGGGGAACUUACAGUGCCGACUCUGGAUUCUUUGCAGGGUUCGUGCAUAUACGUAAUCGAUAAUCAAUCUCCUUUGCUUGUUCGGGCGUCACCGCCAUGGUUUUUUGGAUGGUCUCUGCAACCUUUUCGGCAAUGUCGAGCAAAUCUUUUGUAUUUUGCGGGAACCUUUUCUCAAUAUAUCUAUUGUAUGACGUUAGUGUUUAACAGUGUCUGUCCUUGGUCUCGCAUUA